AAAAAAACAAUGCCUUUGGAAGCGCAAAGCUCAUCCCUGGCGAGCGACCUCGUGGCUCGCUUUUUGCGCACGCACAAUUACACAGAGACCCUCGAUGCCUUCCUCCGCGAAGCAGGAUUGCCAGCCAAUGCGGGGCAAAUCCGCGGAAAGGACGAGCAGGACUCCUGGACCAUCGAGGGCGUGCUCGACGAGAAACGAGCCUUUGAUAAGAGCGUGAACUUUGAGCGAUACAAUGAGAGCGACCAAGAGAAGGAUUUCUGGAGUGUGCCUGCACCGACCAACCCUACGGUCAUCCAGACGCCAACCUCAUCCAAUCUGCUAUCCUGCUCCGUGGAGCAAUGGCAACAUGACGACAGGGAAGAGCAGCCCGACGAACCCUUUCUGGUGGCCACCGGAGCAGACAAACAGCUCCAUGUUUUCCAAGCCUCCGCCGGCAAUGCCCUCGUGCGGUCCUUCUCCGGCACGUCCGAGUCGCCGAUCUUGUCCUACACGCCGAUCCGAGAGGGCAAGUUCCUGCUCCUGACCAACAUGUCCGGUCAACUGCUUCUCCAGCGUGGAGCCAGCAUCCUCGAUCGUCGGAAAGACCAUGCCAAAUACGCGGUCAAGGUGGUCGCCCAUGAGGCGGACGACAACACCGUAUGGAUUGCAACCGCGGGCUGGGACUCGAAGGUCUUCCUCUAUCAGCUCCGCGGCGGCAGCCUUGCAGCAGCAGUCGACGAGCACACCCCAGUAUCAAUCGGCGCGCCCGUGGCGCAGAUCUCCCUGCCAACGAACCCGGAAUCGAUCCUCUUCGUCCGCCACGCCGACACCAAGGAGCUUCUUCUCCUCGUCUCCCGACAGGACUCGACGUAUAUCUACUACUACCAGGUAGGGGGGUCACGGGCAGCAUCCACCGCUGCAGAAACGACCCACCCACAUCAGCAGCAGCGGGCCGAAUGUGUCCUGCUCGGGAGACAGAACUUGGCCCCGCACUCGAACGCCUGGGUGGCGUUCUCCCCCUCGUGCAUUGCCCUCAGCCCACAUGACGCCGGCCUGAUUGCGGUCGCAACGUCCACGCUCCCGCACAUGAAGGUCAUGAUUGUGCGGCUGCUGUUCCCGUCGCAGGAGACGCUGAGCGGGAAUGGCGAGGAUGACGAGCCGGUGACGCAGGCUGCGCAGGCGCUUGCGGCGCUGUCGCUCCAGAAUCGAGAGGAUGCCGCGAUCAUGGUUCAGGCCAACACUUUCGCGCCGCAGACGGCGUACUCGACCCCGCAGGUGGUAUGGCGGCCGGAUGGCUCGGGGGUCUGGGUCAAUGGGGAUGACGGGGCUAUCCGCGGACUCGAGGCUAAGUCCGGUAGGGUUGUUACUGUCUUGAAGGGUGGCCAUGAGGCGGGUUGUAAGAUUAGGGCCAUCUGGGCUGGCCGGGUUGAGCAGCGUUCAGGCUCCGAUGGCAGAACUAUUAGGGAGGAAUGGCUGGUUAGUGGAGGGUUCGAUAAGAGGCUCGUGGUAUGGAAGAUAUAGUAUACAGUCGGGGAGCAUUGAUGUUUGUAAAGCAUUCAACUGGCGCCUAUCAUGUGAGGAUAUAUAUGGAUAGAUCAAACUCAUGG